AACAAUUGUUCACCCAAGUUGGCCUUGACGGUUGAUCAGUUCCUCCGAUCCACCUCGUAGACGAUCUCCCUGUAGCUCGUGCCCGACGUCCCUAUCCCCGGUCACGCGAUACCGAGAGUCGAUAAUGCGUGCAGAUGAGGCGUCUGAGAAGAUGUUUUGUUACCCUCUCCAGCAUCGACUCGAUCGGGGAGGUUGCAGGACAUCUCUUCCAACACUACACCCUUGAAUCUGCAACGGGCCCGCGGAUCACGAUACAAGUAGUAAAUCAGCAGGGAUCCGAACCUGGAGAAGAUCUACAACUACACUCUAAACUUUUGGGCAAAACUAACGGGCUUGGACAUACGCCGUGGCGUUGGGCAGGAAUUUUUACAAGUACGAAACCUCUUCAGCUGUCAACGCGUUGUAACCACGCUGCACUGGGUAGGCAAGUCAUCUCGUGCCAGCAUCAUCUUGGCACCCUUGGACACGAUUGCAAUCACCCACGUGUCUGGGUGGCACCUACAUCACAGUCACACUCCCUUGGCAUCACCACCCUCCUUGCUCUCCGUAUCUCAAACUCAGGUUCGGUCCCAUCAAGCUGCGCAUGCGACGGCCCAGGCCCAUUGCGAAGCUCACAGAAGACAUGUUAUAGUCAGCACGACGACCGCACGAGGGAAGAACGUGGUCACAGACCUGUUGAUUCAUGAUAAGCAAGCGACUAACGCGUGGCACCUCUUCCGCUCGGUUGGACGACAAAUUCUAUUGCGGAUCAGGUUUUCAAACCCGCGGAUUAAAUACUCGUAUGUCCUCGCUUUUCAUCACCACCACACAAAGCGAGGGCUGUGGAUGGAUGAACGCCAAAGCCACUUUACCAAAAAGAAACGCCGGUGGCACAGUCACGGUGUGUGGCGGCGCUUUUCUUCCACACUUACUUGUGUCCACAGCUGUGAACCGCACGUUUUGCUUAAAUCCCUCCUUCGCUAUGGUGAAGAU